CUUUAUUUUGAAAUGUCUGGAGGUCUGGGUGCAGUGUGCUGAGCUUCACUCCCUCGGUCCCUCAGCGACUCUCAGACAUCAUGGCGGACGCCGAUUCCUGGGAUGCUGAUAGUUUCGAGGCCGAGGAGCCUAUCAAAAAGGCGGCAGGUCAUGACAAAUGGGAGGGCGAGGAUGAAGACGACGACGUGAAAGAUAAUUGGGAUGAUGAUGAAGAGGAAGAAAAGGAGGAGGAGGAAAAAAAGUCAGAGGCUAAACCUGCGGAAAAGAAGAAACUCGGUGAGAAAAUAAAAGAGAAGGAAAAUGUACAAAGACAAAAACAAGAGGAGCUCCUUAAACAAUUUGAGUUACAGGAGUCAGAAAGCAGCACAGAACUCACACCAGAAGAAGAGAAACUUCGAGUGAAAAAACUACAGGAGGAUUCAGACUUAGAACUAGCAAAAGAAGCAUUCGGUGUAGUAUCAAAUAAUGUUACAGGAAUUGAUGCGAUGAGUCCCUCUACAAAAGAAGACUUCACAGAGUUCGAGCGGUUGCUAAAAGAAAAAAUUUCUUCCUAUGAGAAGUCAAUACAUUAUUCCAGCUUUUUAGAGACACUGUUUAGGGACCUGUGUCUUUCAUUGGAAGUUGAGGACUUGAAGAAAAUUAGCAACUCACUAACAGUGUUACUAAGUGAAAAGCAGAGGCAAGAAAAGGCAAACAAAGGUAAAAAGAAAAAGAAGGGAGUUUUACCAGGAGGAGGUUUAAAAGCCACAAUGAAAGAUGAUCUUGCAGACUAUGGGGAGUUCGGCGGCGGUUAUGCACAAGACUACGAGGAUUUUAUGUGACCAAGGCUUAACCCAUUGCUAGCGUUUGCUGAUUGCUGAACCACACACCUUAACAGCAUGACCUUACCCCACAGUCAGGCCCACUACCAGAACCAUGCUAGAAAACUCUGAACGCCAUCCCACACAAUGCACACUCUCCCCUCAAAGAGGUUCAUGCAGAGAAUCGGUUCACUGCGGUAUUUUUCUCUAGUCUGUGAACUUAGCUCAGUGUUUGUCGGUAUAAUAAACCCGAUAAAACGGGGUCCUUCUCACAAAUGUGAAUCUGCAGUAUCGAUUAAUCGUCACGGUCCAGGCAACAAAGAGUGUUAUUGUUCGGUAACUGCUAUUUCUUGGAAAUAAAUGACAUUCUAUGCAAAUUUCAGUCCGGAUUGAUCUGUCGUUGGAUCCGCUUUGGCUGGUAUCCUUUUGCAACCAGGCUGAUUAACUCAACCUGUACAACCUGAAGUGGUGAUAUGGCACUCACAUGGUUUAUGAAUCAUGUCUUCAAUCAGACAUUUCAUUUUUUUUUGUUCGUAGAUGAUAGCGAGCUCAUUUUAGAUAAGUAAAUCUAAAGUGUAGAGUACCAAAUAUAAGCAUAAUGCUUUGAAAAUAACACCUUUAUGUUUGCAGCUCGUAAUGCAUUUCAUGAUAAGUUUGACCAAAAGUAUCACUCUAAAUGAACCGUUUUAAAGAUACAUUGCAGAGUUAUUAGGAUUACCUCAAUUUUUGCAGAGCGAAAUCUGUGCAUAUUUACAAAUAUAACUCAUGUUUUCAAUGCAGCACAUUAUGCAGUUACUCAUUUAUCCUCAAUCAUGCCAGCAGUGAAUGAGUGUGAUCUCACAUGCGAUCUGCUGAUGUAUAAGGGACUGAGCGUUGACUUAGGGUCGUUUGGCUUUCCAUUUUCUCGACAACUUACGCUGAUAGACAUGCUUCAAAGAGACUUGCGAUCAGCAAAGCCGGUGAUAGGACUGCACUGUUUUAUAAAGAUCUAAUUUAAUAAAAGUUGCUAAAAUCCA